AUGAAGACUUACACCGCCAUCGCCUCCGCUGCUGCCUUCCUUGGCAAGCUCGCCGCGGCCGACUUUCUCAUCUACGGAGCCGACUCGUACUCGGGUGUUGGCGGCUACAACAGCUGGACCGGUUACAGACUCUUCCCUGGCGAACCCAACUGCAACAACGUUUGCAGCACUUACUUUAUCCCCUCGGUCGAUGAUGCGAGCGGCAGCCGCGAGGGGAUCCGAUGCGACGGUUGUUCUGGAGGCGAGCCCGACGAGGUUGAGGUCCACCUCAACGACAUCCACUUUACACUCUACAAGUGGGAAGACUACAUGAUGACUCCUGCCGACGGAGGCCCCCUUCUGGGCCAGUGCUUCCUUGAGUCGGACGACGACUUUGGCCCUUGCAUGUGUGGCCCCGGCGACGCCAACUAUGGCGAGAAGUUCCUUCGUUGCGUGACAGACAUCACUGCCUGGGACACCGAGUACUUCUAUGGUUAG